GGUAAACUCAGCCAGAGACUAGACCUUGCUACACACCAGAGAUUCCCCAUGGACCGGCGUCCCCACCACUGCAUCGACUGCGACAAGAGGUUCAGCAACCGCUCUGCGCUGAACCAGCACCAGUGCACGCACACAAGGGAGUGGCUGCACCGCUGUUCUGACUGCGGCAAGGCCUUUGCACGGAGCUCACACCUGAGAAGACACCAGCGCACACACACCGGGGAGCGGCCGCAUCGCUGUGCUGACUGCGGUAAGGCCUUUGCACAGAUUGCACACCUGAGAGCACACCAGCGCAAGCACACCGGGGAGCGGCCGCAUCGCUGUGCUGACUGCGGCAAGGGCUUUGCACGGAGCUCACACCUGAGAGCACACCAGCGCACACACACCGGGGAGCGGCCGCAUCGCUGUGCUGACUGCGGCAAGGCCUUUGCACAGAUUGCACACCUGAGAGCACACCAGCGCACGCACACCGGGGAGCGGCCGCAUCGCUGUGCUGACUGCGGCAAGGGCUUUGCAGAGAGCUCAAACCUGAGAACACACCAGCGCACGCACACUGGGGAGCAGCCGCAUCACUGUGCUGACUGCGGCAAGGGCUUUGCACGGAGCUCAAACCUGAGAAGACACCAGCGCGCGCACACCGGGGAGCGGCCGCAUCGCUGUGCUGACUGCGGCAAGGGCUUUGCAGAUGGCUCAACCCUGAGAACACACCAGCGCACGCACACUGGGGAGCGGCCGUAUCGUUGUGCUGACUGCGGCAAGGACUUUGCAGAUGGCUCAAGCCUGAGAACACACCAGCGCACGCACUCUGGGGAGCGGCCGCACCGUUGUGCCCAAUGUGGUAAGGGAUUCUGCACUGCCUCCAGACUGACACUGCACCAGCGCGCACACCGGGGAGCGGCCGCACCACUGUGAUGAUUCUGGUAAGAACGUCAAAAAAACCAGUCCACCCACCAAGCACCAGUGCACGCACACUGCGGGGAGGACAUUCCGAUGUGCU